AUGCCAUUGCCACUCGAAAAACAAUUGGUGCCGCUCAUCAAGGCCUUACAAGAAAAGAAGAAAGUAACGUUCUUUUUGGGCGCUGGUAUCUCCACAUCGUGCGGAAUCCCAGACUUUCGAAGUCCCAAAACUGGGCUCUACGCCAAUCUCAAAAGACUAAAUCUCCCAUAUCCUGAGGCUGUGUUUGAUAUCGACUAUUUCCGAGAAAACCCAAAGGCUUUUUACACUCUCUGUGAUGAGUUGUAUCCUGGCAAGUUUUUCCCUUCGAAAUUCCAUUUUCUUUUGAAAUUAGUGCAUGAUAACGAUCUUUUGGCUAGGAUAUAUACCCAAAAUAUAGAUACAAUGGAAAGCCUUGUGGGCAUCCAUCCAGACAAAAUUGUGGCAGCCCAUGGCUCCUUUGCCACAAAUCACUGCAUUGAAUGUGCAGAGCCCAUGGAAACAGAAGAUUUGGUCAAACUAAUGGGCGAUAAGUCUGUAAAUGACGGUAUCCCUCAAUGUGGCAAAUGCAAAGGUUAUGUCAAACCAGAUAUUGUCUUCUUUGGUGAAGCUUUGCCUGUUCGUUUCUUUGAUAUGUGGGAAGAAGAUUGUGACAAUGUCGACAUUGCAAUUGUCGCUGGAACAUCUCUCACUGUGUACCCUUUCGCUGGUCUACCCGCUGAAUGUCACAAAACUUCCUUGCGAGUUUUGGUGAACAACGAGGUAGUCGGUGAUUUCAAGACCAAGAAAAGGAAAACCGACCUUCUUAUAACUAAUGAUUGUGAUGUUGUGGCCGAAACUAUAGCAAAAGAACUAGGGUGGGAGCAGCAGCUCCAGAAGCUAAUAUCAGAGGAAAAGAAAAAAUUCGAUGCCAAGUCAAAGACCUCG